ACUGUCUUGAGCCACAAAUACUCUUGGCGGGUCAACCACGACACAUUCCACAGUUCAGUGGACCACGUCAGUCCACAUACGCAGAAUCAGCACAUCUGUAUCUCCUCAUCUCGUUUCAAACAGGAAAAUCCGUCAGAAACUGCUCAGCAUGCUCGUCCUCCCCGGAUCUUCUGCGAUCACUUCUUCUCGAAGAGCUACCCUCCUCAAGCUUUUCCAGUCGGUCAUCCCCUCUAUCACUUCCGUCGAUGCGGUGCAUCUCCACUUUGUCAACCCUACUUCUGACGAAGCCGAGUCACUCCUUGCCGAUACCCAGUCUGCUGAGCGAGAUAUCCUCAACGCCCUACUCGCUUAUGGCGACAACGAGCAGCUCAACUCUACGAAGGCAUUUGUUGAUGCUGGCAUGAAGGGUGACGUGUUUGCGCUUUACGUGCUCCCUCGUGUCGGCACCAUUUCCCCUUGGUCUUCUAAGGCCACCGACAUCGCCAAACUCUGUCGUCUUGCUGGCCACGUCUCCCGUCUUGAGCGUGGUGCGCUCUAUCUCUUCACUUCAAGUGAGAGUAUUAGCCUUCUGGAAAUGCGACACCACUUGCACUUUAUCCAUGAUCGUAUGACUCAGCUCAUCCACACUGCUUUGCCACCUUCUGCCGCCGUCUUCCCUCCUACACCGCCUAACCCUUCCGCUCUUAUCUCCGUGCCUAUUCUCGGUGCUGAAAACCCGCAUGCCGUUCUCGGUGAGGCCAAUGCUCGACUGGGUCUCGCCCUCUCUGAGACUGAAAUCCCUUACCUUGUCGAGUCUUUCCUGGCCGCCGGUCGUAACCCCACCGACGCUGAGCUCUUCAUGUUCGCUCAAGUCAAUUCUGAGCACUGUCGACACAAGAUCUUUAACGCCAAAUGGACCAUUGACGGUCACGAUCAGGAGAACAGCUUGUUUGGUAUGAUUCGAAACACCGAAAAGGCUGUCCACUCCAAGGGUACUCUAUCUGCCUACGAAGACAACGCCGCUGUCAUGGAGGGUUACGAGGCUCCUCGAUUCGCUGUCGGAGGCAAGGGCGAUGGAUGCUACACUUCUCAAAUUGAGAAGAACCCUAUCCUCAUCAAGGUCGAGACCCACAACCACCCCACUGCCGUAUCUCCUUACCCUGGUGCCGCCACCGGUUCAGGUGGUGAGAUCCGUGACGAAGGUGCCACUGGACGGGGCUCACACCCCAAGGCCGGUCUUGCCGGUUACACCACUUCGGACUUGCUCAUUCCCGACUUCAUUCAGCCUUGGGAGUCUGACAUUGGCAGGCCCGCCCACAUUGCUUCCGCCCUUGACAUUAUGAUUGAAGCUCCUCUCGGUGCCGCUUCCUUCAACAACGAGUUUGGUCGCCCCGCACUUGGUGGUUAUUGGCGUACUUGGCUCAUGGCUGUCAAGGACGCUGAAGGCAAGGAGGAAUGGAGGGGUUACCACAAGCCUAUUAUGAUCGCUGGCGGUUUGGGUAAUGUCCGGCCUCAGUUUGCCCGCAAGGACAAGAUUACUCCCGGGUCCAAGGUCAUCGUUCUCGGUGGCCCUGGUAUGCUCAUCGGUCUCGGUGGUGGUGCCGCCUCUUCCAUGGCUUCCGGUGCUUCUUCCGCCGACCUCGACUUUGCCUCAGUUCAGCGAGAAAACCCCGAGAUGGAGCGACGAUGCCAGCAAGUCAUUGAUGCCUGUAUCUCUCGAGGCGAUGGUGCCGGUAACCCUAUCGAGUCCAUCCACGACGUUGGUGCUGGUGGUCUUUCCAACGCUUUGCCCGAGUUGGUGCACGAUUCUGGUUUGGGUGCCGUUUUUGAGAUCCGAGAUGUCCUCGUUGACGACCCCUCCAUGUCCCCCAUGGAGAUUUGGUGUAACGAGUCACAAGAGCGAUACGUUCUUGCCGUCGCCACCGAGAACCUUGCCGCUUUCGAGGAGAUUGCUAGGCGAGAGCGAUGCCCCUUCUCCGUUGUCGGUACCGCCACCGAGGAAGAGCGUCUCGUUGUCACCGACCGACUUUUGGGUGAUAACGUCAUUGACAUUUCCAUGUCAAUCCUCUUUGGCAAGCCUCCUAGGAUGCAUCGAGAGGCCCAGACCAUCCACCCCAAGCGAGAUGCUUUUGACUCUUCCCUCUUUACCUACCUUCCCGCCUACGCUGGUGCUCCCAAAACAUCCCUCAUGGCAGAGUCUAUUAACCGUGUUCUCCGCUUGCCUUCUGUCGGUUCCAAGUCUUUCCUGAUCACCAUUGGUGACCGAACUAUUACCGGUUUGGUGACUCGAGAUCAGAUGGUAGGUCCUUGGCAAGUUCCCGUUGCCGAUGUCGCUGUCACCCGAUCUUCUUAUGGUUUCGAUGUCGUCGUCGGUGAGGCUAUGUCCAUGGGUGAACGAACUCCUCUCGCUCUUCUCAACGCUGGUGCUUCCGCCCGUAUGGCCAUCGCCGAAUCUCUUACCAACCUUGCCGCUUCCUCCGUUGCCGACAUCUCCCAGAUCAAGCUUUCCGCCAACUGGAUGUCGGCCGCCAACCACUCUGGCGAAGGCUCCAAGCUCUACGAGGCUGUCCAGGCCAUCGGUAUGGACCUCUGUCCUAAAUUAGGUGUUGGUAUUCCCGUCGGUAAAGAUUCUAUGUCCAUGUCUAUGAAGUGGCCCGGAGAGAAGGGCGAACAGAAGCAGGUCACCGCACCUUUGUCUUUGAUCGUCACUGCCUUCGCCCCCGUUGACAACGUUGAGAAGACUUGGACUCCUGUUCUCAGGACUGACAAGGGUGAGACUGUCCUUGUGUUCAUUGACCUCGCCAGGGGUAAGCAGAGACUUGGUGGUUCUGCUAUUGCUCAGGUGUUCAAGCAAUUGGGUGCCGAUGCUCCCGAUGUUGAGGAGGCUGCCGAUAUUCGUGCAUUCUUCCACGCCGUCCAGGCUUUGAAGAAGGCUGAAACUGUCCUUGCCUACCACGACCGAUCCGACGGUGGUUUGCUCACCACUCUUGUUGAGAUGGCCUUUGCUGGCAGAUCUGGUAUUGAGGUGACCGUUGAUGCUAUCAGCUCUUCAGGCGACGCCGUUGCCGCCUUGUUCAACGAAGAGCUUGGUGCCGUCAUGCAAGUCAAGGUCGACGAACUCUCCGCCUUUAGCGACGCUUUUGUCAAGGCUGGUUUCCCCACUCAGCACAUCCACGUCAUCGGCAAGGUCCUCGGUCGAGAGAACCAGUCAGUCUCCAUCAUCCACAAGUCCGACGCAAUCUACACUGGUACUCGAGGCCAGUUGCAGCAGCUCUGGGCUGAGACCUCUUACAAGAUUCAGGCCAUGCGUGAUGAACCUACUGGUGCCAAAGAAGAGUUUGACGCUAUUCUUGACGAUGAGGACCAGGGUUUAAUCUACAACGUCCCCUUCAAGUAUCUUCCCGACGUCACUGACGCCAACCGACUUGCUUCCCCUCCCAAGGUUGCUAUUCUUCGUGAGCAAGGUGUUAAUGGUCACAUUGAAAUGGCUUGGUCUUUCCACGCCGCUGGUUUCGAGGCUAUCGACGUUCACAUGUCUGACAUCAUCUCUUCCAAGGUCUCACUCUCUUCCUUUGCCGGUAUCGCCGCUUGUGGUGGUUUCUCCUACGGUGACGUUCUCGGAGCCGGUAACGGCUGGGCCAAGUCUGUCUUGCUCAACCCUACCGCCCGAAAGGAGUUCGAACAGUUCUUCCAGAGGGAAGACACUUUCGCCUUGGGUGUAUGUAACGGCUGUCAAUUCUUUGCUCAGUUGAAGGAGAUUAUCCCAGGUGCUGAGCAUUGGCCCAUCUUCAAGGCUAACCGCUCCGAGCGAUUCGAAGGCCGUGUCGUCAACGUCAAGGUCUCCCCCGAAGCUGCCAAAUCUAACAUCUUCUUCAGCGACAUGGCCGACGCCAUCGUUCCUAUAGCUGUCGCUCACGGUGAAGGCCGUCCAUCCUUCGUCACUGGUUCCCUCGCCGGGCUCAACGAAAACAACCUCAUUCCUCUCCGAUAUGUUGACGGUAACGGCACUAUUGCCACUACCUAUCCCAAGAACCCCAACGGUGGUCCCGAAGGUAUCGCUGCUGUCAGCACACUCAAUGGUAGGGUGUUGGCUGUCAUGCCCCACCCCGAACGAGUGGUCACCAGGGAAAGCUUCUCUUGGUUCCCUGAAGAGAUGGGCAAAACUUGGGAGGGCAAGGGUCCUUGGUUCAGACUGUUCCAGAACGCCUACAAGUUUGCGACUGAGGGAAAGCAAUAGAAGAUUGAGCGCGCAAUAAUAAUAAGUUUGGUUUGAGAUAAGCAAGGCUGGGUUGUGAAAUUUUGGGACUAGAUGGUGUUUUCACGUCUAAGUCUCCGAUUGUGUUCUUGAAGAAAAUGGUUGUCUGCAAGAAUUCAGAACUAAAAAAACGAAAAAGAUCACUUCAAGUUGUUUUAGUCAAAGACAGUUGCGAGGUUAAGAGGACCGACCAGGAAAAAUCCAUGUUAGAUUUGUCACUCACACAAAGAAAAAGAUUGUCUCAGUUUUGGUUUCGUUUGGUUUGAACUAUGCAUUGGGAAUAUUUAUGAUC